ACACAUAUUUGAUUUCUUGUCAUUUUUCAUAUGGGUUUUUCGGUGUUGAUUUGGUUGUGUGAGAUUUAUUUAUUUUUUUGAUGAUUUUGACAUUGGUUGUUUGAUAUGAGUUAGGGUUUAUGAUUUUCAGAUCUGGGUUUUUUUUGGGGGUUUUAUUUAUGUGUGGCAUUAUGAUAAUUUGUGGUGAACUUAUUGUAUACUAGUUUAUGAUAUAUGUUUGAGAUCCAAGAUUCCUUGUUAGAAUUUGAAUUAGCAGAUCUGAUAUGAAUUCAAUGUUUGAUUCCCUUUGAGGCCAUGUUUGCACUUUGUCUCACAAUGUGGUUUAUAUGUAUUGAUAGGAGUUCUCGUAUACUUGGCCUAUUCAUUGGUAGCUGUGACUUCAACAUAAGCAAAAAAAAAAAUGCUGAUUAGAAUUGUGGGACACGGACUCGAUGAUUGUUUAAAACAAUUCCCCACAACCAUGUUUAACUAAUGGCCCUGAAGCACUGUAUAUUUGUAUAUGAGAUCAUAAUCAUGUUAAUCAGUUUAUGUAAAAAAUACUAAUAGUUCUUAUCUUGGUCAAUUAUUUUUGUUUAGUUUUAUUUAUUUAAUUUCCAGAAUGUAUGCACAAGGGUGUGAAAACUAUUGACUACAUCAAAAUAAUGAAUAUGACAGAACCAUUGUUCACUCCUGAGUAAAUUCCAGCCGUUGUAAUAGCUGGAAUAAUAGUUCACAACUUUUGUUGUUGUAAGUUGGACAUGCUUUCCUUAAAGCUGUUUUCAUGUUUGAUAAUAGUAGCAUUGGUUUGUUAUCGAAGAAUACUUGUAUACUUAGGAUGGAUUUUGAAAGCCAUUUUAAAGUCCAUUGGGCGAACCUUUUGUUUACUAUGGAUGUACUUUUGUCCUAUAAUUGAUUUUAUAUUUAUAAAUUCAAGGCUUCAGUUUUAACUACUAGUAUUUUCUUAUCACUUUGAAAAGUAUUUAAGUUUGGUGGGAUGUAUGUGACUUGUAUUUAGAAAAGACAACUCUGAACCCAGUUUCAAAAUUGAAACCUUGUGAAUGAGAAAAUUUCAUGUGACUGGUAUGGUUUUAAACUCUUAACUCAAGUUCUUGGCCUCAAGGUUUUAUCAUUCAUCGGUGCUUGAAACUAGUUGGAAGCAAAACCUAUUUUUUCAAGGAUUAUUAUUUUGAUCCCAUCUGUACUCUAGGUUUUAAGCAUGGUUAUAAUUUGAAAUAUUAUGGGUUUAAUUUCGGGACGAAAUUCUUUUAAGGGGGAAGAAUAUAACACCCCAACCUUUACCACACACACAAAAAAACAAGUGUCAGAUUUUUAGACCCACAUGUGACACCCCCACUAACUCCUUCUCGACCACACAACCUCACAAAUAUCUCUCUCCCUCUUGACCGGGUGCCCUUCUUCUUUCACACUCAAACACAAACACAAACACACACACACACACAUCCCUCUACCUUUCUCUCCCGAAUCUCUCCUCCCUCUUGGUCUCUCAGUUAGCUUCUAAAUUUUCGGUCAUCAAACUCUUCUCCAUGGUUUGACUUCUCCCAACAUGAAUGUAAGAAUGAAACAGGUUGAAGUGGACCAAUAAGUAGAAGUAGCUGAGAGUGAGAAAUGUCAGGCCAAGAGAAGCAUCUUGAGGACUGCUCAGUCUCCAACGCUCUGGGCACAUGGGUAUUUUCAGUAGCAGGGGCUUUGCUAGCAAUUCCAGUGGGUAUAAAACGGAAAUCUCUAGCACCCCUUGUGUUCUUCGGCACAACUGGUACGAUGCUUGAUAUUAUCAUGGGAAUCACUGCCUGCGAAAGAGAACAUGCAGAACGCCAGAUGCAGCUGUUAGAAGCUCAAAAUUCUGCAGCUGAUGCUUCUCUUGCUGAGACUGUUGCAGAGUCUUGAUGUCAAGCUUAUAGUCAGAUGCCUCAUGUUUGGAAGCUUUCAGUUUGUUUCAACUUGCUUUGCUGUAAAAGAUGAAUAUUUCUUUGAUAAGUGAAAAAAAUUUCUUUUCCCAUGAUUUCUAUGUUCACUUGUUCAUUGCAUUAAAAAUCACUCUAGAGUUGUUGGCGGUAAACUCCAAAUAAUCAGCUGCAAAACUAUUCAGCUAAUAAUACUUAAGUUUUUGUGUCA